UUUCGGGGCAGUGCCUGGCGCCGAGCGCCGAGCCGCGCUCUGUCUCACUGCCUGUCUGUGCUCGAGCCGGUUGUCGUCCCCUCAGGUUCAACUCCUGGGAAAUGAAUGUUUAGCAACCAGCAGCAGCAGAGGCUUCUGACGCCAUUCCGCCAUCAACUUUUACCUUUCUCCUUCUCAUUUCCAUUCGCCACCGCGUCGUUUCGGUGUCAUUAGUUGUAGGAUCAACACAUACAUGCGAACUAUAGUUGAUCUUCUUCCACUUAAAGGCCUUUCCGAGGCACUUUGUAGCCGGGUACAGCAUAAAUACAGCCCGGUGAUGAGUAAUACGUGAAGAACGGUUCUUUUAAACCCUAAGAUUAUUUCUUUAAAAAAAACAAAACACACACAGAAAAGUAGUUGGAGCUUUUCGUUGUUUGUGGAAGUGAAAACAAGCUGUGGGUUUAUUUUACAAGGAUUAUACAAGAAGUGCACAGUAAUGGCCAAAGGCAGAUAUAACAGCAUUCUGAAUACGGAAUUGAUGGCUUUGUGGCAAAGUUUGUGGAUGAUAUGAAGAUAAUUGGAGGGGUCCCUGGCUGAGAGCUGUUCUUGAAGUGUGAGUGAUUGGGCCUCACUUUAUUGGUAACUGAACCUUGCAUUUGUUGUGGAUUCUCUCCAGUUCUCUUAAUCUCUUGGAGAAAAUAGGGCAUAGAUUGCACUUGCUUGUAAACCUCAUAGUGUGAGGUGGGGCUAAGAUGAGCAUAACUAGUGACGAAGUAAAUUUCCUGGUUUAUCGUUAUCUCCAAGAAUCAGGUUUCUCUCAUUCAGCAUUCACAUUCGGAAUAGAAAGUCACAUAAGUCAGUCAAACAUCAACGGGACACUAGUGCCACCUGCAGCACUGAUCUCUAUCCUUCAGAAGGGUUUGCAGUAUGUCGAGGCAGAGAUCAGCAUCAAUGAGGAUGGCACAGUGUUUGAUGGCAGGCCAAUUGAAUCGCUGUCUCUAAUAGAUGCUGUGAUGCCUGAUGUAGUACAGACUAGACAGCAAGCAUUCAGAGAUAAACUGGCACAACAACAGCAAGCAGCAGCUGCAUCUUCAGCUCCACAGCAAACAACACCAAAGAAUGGAGAAGCCACUGUUAAUGGGGAGGAAAAUGGGGCACACACUAUCACAAAUAAUCAUUCUGAUGCUAUGGAAAUAGAUGGAGAUGUUGAAAUUCCUUCCAACAAAUCCACAGUCUUAAGGGGUCAUGAAUCGGAAGUAUUCAUUUGUGCCUGGAACCCUGUCAGUGAUCUUUUGGCAUCAGGUUCUGGAGACUCAACUGCAAGAAUAUGGAACCUCAAUGAAAAUAGCAAUGGUGGCCCUACUCAAUUAGUACUAAGGCAUUGUAUCAGGGAGGGCGGACAGGAUGUUCCCAGCAAUAAGGAUGUUACAUCACUCGACUGGAAUAGUGACGGAACACUUUUGGCCACUGGAUCAUAUGAUGGAUUUGCUAGGAUAUGGACAAAGGAUGGCAAUCUUGCAAGCACCCUUGGACAACAUAAAGGGCCCAUAUUUGCUUUAAAAUGGAACAAGAAGGGAAAUUAUAUUCUCAGUGCAGGAGUUGAUAAGACAACAAUAAUUUGGGAUGCUCAUACAGGUGAAGCUAAGCAACAAUUUCCAUUUCAUUCAGCUCCUGCUUUGGAUGUAGAUUGGCAGAACAACACUACAUUUGCAUCCUGCAGCACUGACAUGUGCAUUCACGUGUGCCGACUUGGCUGUGACCGUCCUGUAAAAACAUUCCAAGGGCAUACUAAUGAAGUUAAUGCAAUCAAAUGGGACCCAUCUGGCAUGUUACUUGCAUCGUGUUCAGAUGACAUGACACUGAAGAUCUGGAAUAUGAAGCAGGAUGCAUGUGUGCAUGACUUACAGGCCCACAAUAAGGAGAUUUACACCAUAAAAUGGAGCCCUACUGGUCCAGGCACCAAUAACCCAAACUCCUACAUCAUGUUAGCCAGUGCUUCAUUUGAUUCUACUGUUCGUUUAUGGGAUGUGGAAAGAGGAGUUUGCCUUCACACCUUAACCAUGCACCAGGAGCCUGUCUAUAGUGUAGCCUUCAGUCCUGAUGGCAAAUAUCUAGCCAGUGGGUCUUUUGACAAAUGUGUCCACAUAUGGAACACCCAGACAGGAGCAUUAGUGCACAGCUAUCGAGGGACUGGAGGAAUCUUUGAAGUCUGUUGGAAUGCGUCAGGGGACAAAGUGGGAGCAAGUGCAUCAGAUGGUUCUGUAUGUGUACUUGAUCUACGGAAAUAGCAGAAUAGAAGGAAAACAGGAUGUAAGACUAGACCAGCAGUGAAUGUGUGGGUGGCAAGCACGCUCCUUCACAAUGUGCCAGCUUCAGAUCUGCAAGAACCUGACUUUUAAAAUGAAAUGGUUAAAACCAGCUCUCCCUGUCCAUUUAAUUUUGAUUUUCUUUUGUUGCCUUUCCAAAAAAAAAAGAUUUUAUUGUCUACACGUU